UCUCACGAGAGAGAGAGCAACGUGGUCUCAACUUAAAGCGUGUUACCAAAGUUAGGGCAUUAGUAAUAUAAUCUCCAUAUUCCUAUUUUGUUAAAGGCUUCUGUAUACUUCGGAUGGUGAUUCCCAGACGCCAAAUCAUCGAUGAAAAAGGGAAUGAGCAUUGACAAAACAUUUCUUGCAUCACAUAUGUGAAUUUCUGACUCUGAACUGCCUGAAGGAAGUACAUUGCAGAGAAAAUAUAUCCAGUAUUUCAGAUGUGGCAAAACAUCUGCCUGAGAACUUCAAAUAUAUGUGGUGAUAUCUUUUAGAAAUGGCAUCGUAAAAACUUGUAUUUUGUAUCUUUCUGCGAAGACUAUGGCUCGUCGUAAAAGAAAGAGACUCUGCCGGAUGUUUCUGACAAUCUGCAUCGCUGUUUUUUGCGUCGGUUUAUUGCUUAGAGCUGCCGUAACUACCCUAGGGCUUCGAACUUUCGUCGUCGUAGACUUGGACCCUGAAGAAAGCGAUACACCCAAGUAUCAUGGCCCCGAAAUGCAUAGCUUACGACAGAAAAAUACCCCGGAAAAGAAAUCUUGGUUCAUUCAAACAAAAAACGUCGCAAUUCCGCAUGGUCCUGGUGAGAUGGGCGCCCCUUUCUUCCUGCCUCGAGAGCUUGAGAAAACAAAAAUCGAGUUGUACAAAGCAAAUGGAUUCAAUGCGUUGGUCAGCGAUUUUAUUUCUUUGAACAGAACUUUACCAGACAUACGACACUCCAGCUGCAGAGUUAAGGAGUAUCUGUCCAAGUUGCCGAAGGUCAGCUUUGUGAUUCCAUUUCAUAAUGAACAUUGGUCAACACUACUCCGGACUGUAACAAGUGUAGUCAAUCGAUCUCCAUCAGAGCUCAUCUAUGAGAUCAUAUUAGUUGACGACUAUAGCUCUAAACCUCAACUGAAAUCCUCUCUGAAUGAUUACCUUGAAAGUAAUUUUCCGAUGGUCCGAGUGAUACGGGCUCAGAAGAGAGAAGGACUCAUCCGGGCCAGAUUACUUGGAGCUAAAGCUGCAAAAGGGGAUAUUCUUCUCUUCUUAGACUCCCAUACAGAAGCGAAUGUGAACUGGCUGCCACCUUUAUUAGAACCAAUAGCUUUGGACCGGAAAACUGUCACUUGUCCUUUUAUUGACGUGAUAGAUUUUGAAACUUUGGCCUAUAGAGCUCAAGACGAAGGAGCUCGAGGAGCAUUUGAUUGGGAGCUCUACUAUAAACGCUUGCCUCUGCUUCCAGAAGACCUGAAACAUCUUGAUCAGCCUUUCAAAAGUCCUGUUAUGGCAGGUGGGCUGUUUGCCAUCAACAGAGGGUUCUUCUGGGAGCUCGGAGGUUAUGACGAAGGUCUGGAUGUUUGGGGAGGGGAGCAAUAUGAGCUGUCUUUCAAAAUAUGGCAAUGCGGAGGUCAAAUAUUAGACGUUCCUUGUUCUAGAGUUGGUCACAUCUAUAAGAAAUUUGCCCCAUACCCCAAUCCAGGAAUAGGAGAUUUUGUAGGAAGAAAUUAUAAGCGUGUGGCAGAAGUUUGGAUGGAUGAGUAUAAAGAAUAUUUAUAUAUGAGGAGACCACAUUACAGAGAUCUAGAAGUUGGCAAUCUAACUGAACAAAAGAACUUAAGAAAGCGGUUGAACUGCAAACCUUUCAGAUGGUUUAUUGAAACGAUAGCUUUUGAUCUGCCAAAGAAAUACCCUCCAGUGGAGCCCCCUGAUUACGCCAAAGGGGAGAUUCGAAAUUUGGGAUCGAAUUUAUGCAUUGAUACGAAGAACCGAGGACAAAAAGAACGGUUUGGCUUAGAGAAAUGCAUUAGAGACGAUGCAAAUCAGAAAGGAGAACAACAGUUUGUCCUUUCCUGGCAUAAAGAUAUCCGUCCUCUGAAAAGAAAUUUAUGCUUUGAUGUCUCCAGCUCGGAAAAAAGAGCUCCCGUCGUUCUAUGGAAAUGCCACGACAUGCAGGGAAACCAAUUGUGGAAAUACGAAGUGGAAACGAGCCAUUUAAUUCAUCUUUUGACUGGCGGAUGUCUAGACUGUGAUUUCGAGUCACGUGAAAUUUUUAUGAACCCUUGCGAUCAAAAUAGAGAAAGUCAAAAGUGGAGCUUUGAAAUGGUUAACUUCACAGCCAAUCAGAACUGGUGACGCUUUCCUUUUUUUCCAAUCCGAAUCAAGGGAUGAGCUUCCUUUCUAUUUCAUGAUUUGUGAUCUUCAUAUUUUUAAAAUGCAUUCCUCGAGAUGUUGCAUGUAUGGACUUCUAGCAUUAUUCAUUCAAAUUGACAAAGCAAACGGUGUUUACUUUUCGCCAUGUAUUGG